GUAGACGUCAGGCGAGCAGCCGCGGUACUCGUCGUAGCGGCCUCCUCCGCCGUAAGAAGGCGGGGGCCCCCGCGCUGUGGCGGCACCGCGCGGGUCUCCGUAGCUCUCGAAGGGGUCUCGGUAGGAGCCUCCACUCGGGUGGUCCGCGUAGUCACGGUCGCGCCCCCCAUAGCUGUCUCGGUCGCCGUAGCCUCUCGACGGGCAGUCGUCCCGGGCACUGGCGUGGCCGUAAUCGCGCUUUUUCCUCCUUUUUGCUACCAUCCUGGUGUGUGGUUGACUGUUCCUCGCCAUGUCUUCUCACAAGACGUUCAGAAUCAAGCGAUUCCUGGCCAAGAAACAAAAGCAGAAUCGUCCCAUUCCCCAGUGGAUUCAGAUGAAAACUGGUAAUAAAAUCAGGUACAACUCCAAGAGGCGUCACUGGAGAAGAACCAAGCUGGGUCUGUAAGGCAUCACACUUCAUGAGAUGGCAUACAUAUCGAAGCUGCAUGAGGCUUACAUGUUCCUUUUUUCCCCCAACAUGUUCCUAUCCUAUCACUCUGUUAACGUCCCUCCUACCUGGCCAAUAGACAUGUUUUAUCAGGGAAAUGAUUUUUCUCUCUUACUAUGCCUUUACCUCACUAAGUUGGUUCAGAAAUAAAUGUGAGACC